AGGUGGUGGAGGAGGAGGGGGAUAAGUCUGUGGAGAUGGAGCAACCGGUCAAGGCUGCGGAUCCGGCGGUCGAGAAGGAUAAGGAAGCUAAGAAGUUGGCGAAGAAAUUGAGGCAGGCGCGUGAGCUGAGGGAUAAGAAGGAGAAGGGGGAUGCGCUGCUGCCGGAGCAGUUUGAGAAGGUGAUUCGCAUUAGUGAGCUUAUUCGCCAACUGGAGGCGCUGGGGUUUGAUGCGCAGGGUGAGAGGAAAGAGAUGGAGAAGGAGGAGCAGGCGGAGACGGAGACGUGAAAUUUGACCUUCGAUUGGUUGGUUUAAUUAAUGAGCAGCUUUUGCCAGAUCGCCAUGGAGGGGGUUGGCUUGGCCUGGAGGGGAGAUGCUGGGGAUGGUGGAAUUCGCUCCGUCCCUCACUCACGACGCUCCAAUGGAGCACCGAUGCUUCACCCUGGUUUUGGACUCUCCCUCACGAAACGACGAGACGCGUUCACUUGGCGUCAAAAGUCAGUCGCCUUUGGAAUCGUCGACCUAUCCGCCGGAACUCCCUACUCUGCCAUUGACAGUUUCGAGGCUGUAGCUGCACGACAAUUUCGCUCUCACACCCGAGUGGCCUGUGUCAGACAAAAAGCUGGCAGAUCGCAGUCAGUAUUACUGCAAGGCAAGAGACGUGAUGAGAUGGAAUGAAACAAGGCGAGACGGGGAGAAGAGCAUCAUCUGAAGAAUAUUUUGGCACAUGUUGCAAGGCAGAAUAUGAAUAUGUGUAUAUUCUAUUUCACCUCGUUUAAGAUGCA